UGCUCUCCGGCCAGCCACCGCUGGGAUUAGACUGCUCUAACAGUCUGGCUGACACUCUGUGCAGGAAUAAAGUCCUGCUGUCUGGAGGCAGCACACACAAAUGUGCUUUGCAGCCCUCCAGAAGGAACUCUAGAACUGAAGGAGCAACAAUCGGGACUUUGAAGAUUCCAAAAUUAUGCAAGUUUAAAAUAACGUUUGAAAACACCCAAUUUAAGAAAAUACCAAAACUCUCUGGCUUUUUUCCUUUCUUGAAAGACUGCAAGCAUUUUAGUUACUAUGUCUGUUCAGGAGCCAUAUGGAAAAAUCAGUUCUGUCCUGUUAAACUGGUUGCACAGUUUUGGUUUUCAUCCGUCUACAGAGAUCUGAAAGUCUAUGUUGUUUUAUUUUAUGCUUUUUCGGCAAAGAAAGCGAGCGGUCUGGGGAUCAUUUGGCCAGGAACACAAUAGUACUGAAGAUGUCCUGGUUCUGGUUUUACCUGCCUCUUCAUCUUCUCAUGGCAGCUUGCUUGUGUCAUUCCAUAAAAACACCCACCACCAGUUCCCAACAGAGCUUCAAGACCGAUCUCUUCAAUUUCUACCACUCCCUGAUACUUGCUGAUGGUAAGGAAACUACAGUUCACCUGCUGAAGGAUAUACCUAAAAGGUACUACUUUGUUAUGGAGGAAGGCACAGCCCUUGCACCUUUCACCGUAACAGUGACCCCCUGUGAUGUUCCCAUCGAAUGGAGCAUACUUGUGCACAAAGCUUCAGCAAGUUUCCUUGGAAAAGCAGCACGAGGUGAUCACGAUACACAAGAGAUCUCAAAAUCUCAGAAGGCUCCAAGCAUGGUGUCCACCAUUUUUAACUAUAAGGGAAAUUCUGUGGAGACUUACAUGGGCAUGUCUUCUCAUUCUGCCCUUUACAUGCUGGAGUUCUUAUCCACUGAGCGAGACACACACAUUACUGUAUACUUAACAACUGACACAACAUCUGGGCACCUCUAUCCAGAACUUCCAAUGGAUCCACGCAUAGAUGUUAUUGGCAUUGGGCAUACAACAGUGACUCUGACCUGGAAACACAGUCCCUCUGUCUUGCAACAUAGAGAAAACAUCCAGUACUGUCUUCUAGUUAAUGAAAAGCACAACUAUAAGAGCUUAUGUGCUGCUGAGACAGCAGUCAGAUCCUCUGGAAUGAAACUGCCGCCUACAUUAGCUUUGUCUCUCUCUCCGUACCUUCUUGAACCGCAGCAGGUGAUGAUAUUGUCCAACAGUGAAUUGAGCAUCAUCAACAAAGUGAGUAGUGGGGAAGUCAGGCAGAUAUGCAUGGGUACUAAGAACACUUACACAGUGCCCAAUCUCAGUCCCGGCACUCAGUAUUACUUUGACGUUUUUGUUGUCAAUCUCCUCACAAAUGCCAGUGCUGCUUACACCGGAACAUUUGCAAGAACCUUGGAAGAACCUGAGCCUAAGGUGAUGGAGCUGAAAGAUGGGAAAGUGAUUCAGGUUGUCCUGGAUGGGAAAAAACAGAAAUUCUACAGUCUGCAGUACCAGGCAAGGCACAAGAAAAUACAAUUCACCUUUCAGUUGUGUCAUGGCCAAGUACGGGUUCACAUAAUAAAGAAUGGUAAAACAGUGGCAUCGGAAAACAUCUCAGGGCUGAGGUAUUUCUCACUGAAAGGAAAGCUGCUGGACACAUAUUUGGUGCAGCUGAGAUCCACAGAGGAAUCUAACUCUUCUGUGAAAGUACAGGUGUCCUCUCAUUUCCACAAGCCCUUAUUCCCACUUCUUCCAGAGAGCUUAAAAAUCAAGUCCUUCAGUAAACUGAGGACCUGCAACUCUGUCACCAUUGCCUGGCUUGGAACACAAGAGGAAAGCAAGUACUGUGUGUACAAGAAAAGGAUUGAAGAUGAUCAGGUCUGGGUGGAACUGCAGAGUGCAGACAGGUGCUCUGGACCUGAAUCUCGGCACAAGUCAGAGAAAGUGCUGUGCAAGUAUUUCUAUGAUAUAAAUCUCCAGCGAGCUGUCACCACAGAGACCAUCAAAGGGCUGGAUGCAGGGACGCUUUACUUGUUUGAUGUUUAUCUUUUUGGGCCGUCUGGCAUCCCUGUCAGAUAUCACAGCAAAGUUGUGAAGACCAGAAAAAAAUGUUGAAGGUUUUUAAAGACAUGUUUUGAAGUGAGUGAAUGAAGACUAUUAUCAAAAUCUAUGCCAAUCCAUGCCAUAGCCUGUGCAGUUUAAAAAAUACUGACACACAGAAAAUUUAAAGCCAUGAGAUUCUACAGAGGAAACAUCUUAGUUGCCUAGAUUGUUACGCUUACUUUUGCAUCUUCUCUCCUGUAAAAGGGUUGGGUUCCCCCCGCCUCAGCUGUCUUAUUCAAACAUCAAAAACAGACCUGUGAAACAAAUCCAUGCACAUGGAAAUAAAACACCCACAAUGGCACCCAUGAGAAAUAGACUGGUUACCUAAAAUGCUUCUGAAAUCCAAUACAGAAGUGAUGGGAAAUGCCUCUCAAGAAGCACACACCAUUAUUUUAAAGUCCCAGAGAGUUAUCCACUUUGUGUAACUCCAUCAGGUAACAAAGAACUGAGAGACCCCACAAGUCAAGCUGCUCUUGAGAAACUGAACUUCCCCGCUGCUUAAACAGGGAUGGAGACAAAAAGAAAUUGAAAAAAGCAGCAGAACUGGUGUAAAGCUCCACACCUUGAGUAAAGCAGGCUGAAAUAUAUCUUCCCCUAUUACCUGCAUGUUUGCUUGGCUUUCAUUUCUGUAAUGAACCUAUGCUUGGUUAGAAACAGACAGAAUUCAGGCCAGGAACUGGCUCUGGAUCCAGCUUUUCUAGGGAGUGUACAAAUACACUGCUGUGCUGCUGUCCAUUGAGAAAAGCAGCAUGUAAGGAAUCUUGCCAUGGAAAGGAGGUUUUUAUCUAUAGUCUCCAAUAUCAAGCCCAUGUCUAUCACCGUGUGACUCCUGAGUGUAAUAUACUCACUCUUUACAUCUUUAAUCCAGCCUAUAUCAAUGAAUGCAUUGCUUUAGGAAAAAUUAAUUGUAGUUUUCCUAUUAAGUAUCAUGGAGGAAAAAUAUUUGUAGUAAAAAUCCUGACAAACA